AUGAAUGAUCAGACAAGUGAAGUUGAAGACCUCGAGCGCAUACUUAUUGAUGAAUGCGCAGAGCCGAUCAAGAUAUCAUAUGCAGCUAUAAGACAUAUUACAAAAAACUUUGCUCAAGUGAUUGGUGAUGGUGGGUUUGGAGUUGUUUACCUGGGAGGUCUUCGAAAUGGGAUGGUUGCCGUGAAAAAGCUUUACCCAUGGAAGGAUUUCGAUUAUAAGCUAUUUUUGGGCGAAGUUGCCUGUUUAAAGAAGGCAAAGCACAAAAAUAUUGCAAGAUUUCUAGCUUAUUGUGUAAAUAUGCAAUGUGAAUGGCAGGAAAACAUAGAUGUAGAAUGCUCACAAAAGAAGAUAUGCAUUGAACUUGCGCAAAUUUGUAUCGACAGUAAUCCACAUAACAGGCCUACUAUAGAUGAGAUAAUUCAGAAGCUGAAUGAGACAGAGACAAUGAUUCUAAAGGAUCCUACAGUUAUUCGAGAGCCCAGAAAUGACCCUGAAUCUUCAUUAUAUCAGUUUAUCACUGAAAAUUUUUCUAGUGAGCGCAAGGUUGAUACUAAUCUAUGCACAGAGAUGUACAAGGCUCAAGCCCAUGCUAACAAAGCACCUAGUGAAAUUAAACAGGGCAUCCUGCGGAGUGUUGCUGUGCAGAGGCUUUUCACUGGGGAUACUGAUGACGGCGAGUUUCAUCAGGAGGUACUUGAUAUAUGGAGGCAGAGACUGACCAUGGAUGAUUCAGUGACAGACACACUCUUGGAACAAGUAAGAGCGUGUGCUUGGAUAAGCAUAGCUUGCAUGAACACUGACCCAGCAAAGAGGCCAAAUACAGAGGUCAUAAUGGAUAUCCUUGCUCAAACAGAAAUUAGGGAUAAGGUGGAAAAGAGCUCGAGUGCGAUGCCUGUAGCAAAGACAUUGUCUGUUGAGGAAGAAAAGGCUGGCAAGGUACCACAAGGUUUAAAGGCUAGAAAGAGUAGAAAGCAAAAGAUCGUGAUGAAGGUGAGCAUGCUGGACGAUAAGAGCCGGUCUAAGGUCAUGACACUGGCAGCCCGGUGUGAUGUGUUGGAAGAAUGGGUCACAAACAUUGCAUCUGGGGCAGGGGUGGAAUCGUUGGCGAUCUCAGGCGAUGCCAAGGACCUGCUGGUGGUGGUCGGUAACGACAUUGACCCGAUCACAUUGGUCAGCGUCCUCCGCAGGAAGUUAGGGCACACCCAGCUCUUGAAGGUGGAGACAAAUUAG